AUGAGCGCAGUGUGUCGCGUGCCGUGGCGGGCGUUCAAGAUUGAACCCGCCACGGUGAUCGGGAAAACACCCAAAGCCACAUCCUCCGGGUCCCCGUUCUCUACUUCAAGUACCUUGUCACGACCGUCGGCUCGCUCCCUAUACAAUGUUCCACCAUGCCAGGCAUUUUCAGCCCCUCGCCGUGCCUUUUCCGCCAAGGCCCCUCUUCUGUCGGGCGAACGGCCGGAGUCUGGAAAAGCCACUGGAUCACAGCGUAGGCUGAUCAAGUGGCUGGUUGUCGCUGGUAUUGUCGGUGUGGGCGCUGUCACAUUUUCGGAACAGGCGGGACAUGCAUAUGGUGCGGCGAAGCGGAGUGGUCGCGUUGUUGGCACAUUGGCUGUCUGUAUCAACGACUACCGUGUCACCCUAAAGCAAGAAGCCUCAAGCCCCGCAGAGCACGACGCCCUCGUUCGCGCAUGUCACCAACGCUGCGCCGAGCGCACCCUCCGCGUGCUCGAAAAGAACGGCUCAAUCUUCAUCAAGUUGGGCCAGCACCUCAGCAGCAUGGGAUACCUCCUCCCCAUUGAAUGGACCUCGACCUUCAUCCCACUUCAAGACAAAUGCCCCGUCUCAUCCAUCGAGUCGAUCAACGAGUUGUUCCGCAAAGAUACCGGCCAGAGCAUGGACGAGCUCUUCGAUUCCUUCGAGCCGAUACCCACUGGCGCUGCUUCUCUGGCCCAAGUACACAUUGCUACACUCAAAGGAAACGGACAGAAAGUUGCUGUCAAAGUGCAACACCCUGCGCUUGAUGAGUGGGUGCCACUCGAUCUCGCUCUGACCCGAUUUACUUUCUCCAUGCUGAAGCGCUUCUUCCCGGACUACGAUUUGGAAUGGCUAUCCAAGGAAAUGGACUUCUCGCUGCCCCAGGAACUGGAUUUCCGCAUGGAGGCGCAGAAUGCCACCCACGCCAGCGAGUACUUCAAAAAGAACUCUGAUUCACCAUUGGUUAUCCCCGAAGUGAUCUGGUCCCAGAAACGCAUUCUCGUCAUGGAGUAUAUCGCCGGUCAACGCCCCGACAACCUCGCCUACCUGGAUGCGAACAACAUCGACCGCGACGAAGUCUCCGCAGCGCUCGCACACAUCUUCAACGAAAUGAUCUUCGGCGAAGAUGCCCCUCUCCACUGCGAUCCUCACGGCGGCAACAUCGCCAUCCGACCCAACCACACACGCUCCCACCCGAACUUCGACAUCGUCCUCUACGACCACGGUCUAUACCGCAAUAUCGACCGAGACCUGCGCCGCAACUACGCAAAGCUCUGGCUGGCUGUUAUUGAUGCGGAUGUUCCACGGAUGCGCGAGUAUGCCCACAAGGUCGCCGGCGUAACGGACGAACAAUUCCCACUCUUCGCUAGUGCCAUCACAGGACGGGAUUUCAGCGUACUCAAGAGCAAGAGCGUGGUUUCUUCGAGGACUGCGGAGGAGAAGAAGGAAAUCUCUGGCGCGUUGGGCGAAGGCAUGCUGCAACAGCUGGUUGUCUUGCUUGGACAGGUCCCAAGAAUCAUUCUACUGAUUCUCAAGACCAAUGAUUUGACACGAAGCUUGGAUGAGAAUCUGCAUACGCGCCAGGGUCCGAUGCGCUCGUUCCUGAUUCUGGCGAGGUAUGCUGCUCGGACUGUUUUCCGGGAGCAGAUGGAGUCUAUCAAGGAGUCUGGUGGAGUGUUUGUUAAUUUCUUCCGCUUCUUGUGUGCCUACGCGAGCUUCCUCCGCGUUGAGGUCAAGCUUUCUGUCUAUGAGACGCUACUGUCUGUCAAGACUCGCUUUGGGAUCCGAAGCGCUUAG